UGUAAUUUAUUCAAAUGAAAAAGAAAAUAGUUUCCAUCUUAUAGUUUCACAGUUAAGGGCUGGUCCUGGGUUGAUGCCGCCUAAUUCUCGGCAAUGUCGCUAACCGAUGUCCGAGAUUGAAAAUUUAGUUGUAUGCUACGCUCUCUUUGUUUUCUUGAUUUCUCAUUCUCAUUCAUCCCACCACGUCGAUCUUACCCAAACCAUCGUGUCCAAUCCAACUCCAAAUUCAACGUUUCGAUCGACCCUCAUACGAAUUGAAUCGCUUCAUCAUCGCUGGUCAGCUCAGAAACAGACAGAAAGCAGAGCAUAUAAAAGCACAAAUUAUUAGCAGGGGAAUCCUCGACAAGAUUAUUGCAAUUGUAAUUCAAGAUUGGUGCUCGGUGGUGUUGCAUUUUCAUUUUAAUGGUUUAUAAAUUGACUAUUUAACUAGUUGAAAGAAGAAAGGGUCUACAAGGGCUAGAGAAGUGAUGGAUAUAUAGUUGACUGACAUGUGGAGAAGUUCUUGCACUAUUGGUCAUUUGGCUUGAAUUUGAGGGGCAUAGAGGAAACAGAAGAGUCUUAAGGCUCAAAGUAGCUGUUUUCAUGCAGCUAAACAGUGAGGUGCCUGGUCCUUCGGGUCGGUGGAUUCAUCACGAACCAAGUUCUGUUGUUUCAAAAGAUGAGGUCUUGACAGGGAAUAAAGUAAAUAACAAUAUGUCAGUAAACACAGGUGAGGAAUUUUCUAGGCAGUUUCUUCAAGAUCGUCGUACUCCAACAAAAGUUGCUGCUAUUCCAGACACGCCUCAAAAUCAUGAGCUGAAAGUUGGAUUCAAUAAAAAUCAGAACAGUCAUAUGGGAUAUGAGGAAAUUACCAGAAUUCUUGGUUUGAAGAGGAUGGAUUCUGAAUGUGGUUCUGAUAUAUCAGAGUUUGCUUCUGCAAAAGGGUCUACUGCCGAGGUUGAGAAUGGGGCUUACAUUGAUCUAGUAUGUGCAUACAACAAGGAAAAUAGUGAUUGUGGAUAUGGGCCAAGAAGGGUUACUGGAGAAGUGAACUAUGAUCCAGCUGCUGUAAGACCAAGUGCUCCACCCAUAAAUGAGUUGGAAUCCUUUCAAUCCUCCCAACCUUAUGGAUUAGUGGUUUUGGAUGGUUCUCAAUCUGGAAAGAUGAAGUUCCUCUGCAGCUUUGGUGGAAAAAUCUUGCCUCGGCCAAGUGAUGGGAAACUUAGAUAUGUUGGGGGAGACACUCGUAUUAUUUCUCUUAGGAAGAAUCUUUACCGGGAAGAACUUGUGAAGAAAACCUCAGGAAUUUGCAACCAACCUCACACAAUCAAGUACCAGCUACCUGGUGAGGACCUUGAUGCCCUUAUAUCUGUGUCCUCGGAUGAGGAUCUUCAAAAUAUGAUAGAGGAAUACCGAGGCCAAGAAAAGCUUGGGGGUUCUCAACGACUCAGGAUAUUUUUGAUUCCUUUGAGUGAAUCUGAAAGUACUUGUCCUCUCGAUGACAACACUAUUAUUCGGCAGAGCAAUCCUGAUUAUCAAUAUGUUGUUGCUGUGAAUGGCGUAGUUGACCCCAGCCCACGGAGAAAUAGUGAGCAGCUUUUGGCAAGUGAUGUGAGUCAGUUAAAAACUAAUUUGAAAACUAAGGACAUACUUGGUGACUCAUAUCCUACGCAGUAUGUGAAUGAAUUCCAAAAUCUGGUUAGCUCUCCCAUUCAAUAUCCUCCGUUCUCUCCAUUGCCAGGUCAGCAGGGAGAUUCAAAUGGUGUUCAUACACAAUUAUACAAGGAUAGCUUAUUUUCUGGUAGUACUGAAAGCUGCACCUUGUUCAGCACUGCUCAAUUACCACCUGAAAACUCCACCAGUGAUGCUGCUAGUUACUAUCAUCCCACUCAUGGGGCAGUAACUUCAAUGAACUGUUAUGUUCCUAAUAAAAUUGAGGAUAUCAGACAGCCAAGUAAACCAGGUGGACUGGAGUUUCACAACCACAUUCCCAGCAGAGAAUUUGUAGUUCCUCCUAGCUUUGAUCGAAAUGAUACUGAUGCUGACAAAUACUCUUUUGAGAGGCCAAUGCUUAAGGAAAGAACAUUUCAUUCUGAAAAGCCUGUCUCACACUCUGGAGAUCCAAUGGGUCUGUUGUCAGGAUCUAAUGAAUCCAUUGGUUCUCAGCAUAGAAUGCCACAUGCAUUCUCUGAUUCACAGCUGAAGGAACAUGGGGGAAGGUCUGCUUACUGCUCACAAGAAGGAACGAGCCCAUCUUCUCCCUUGAACUUCUCAAAACCACAGUUGUCUUCAGAGGUGGUGUCGGUUGCUUUGCAAGAAAAUGCGCUGCAACUGCCUGAGAAUAUUGAUUUGGUCAAUCCACAAGUCCAAAUUAAGUUACAAAAUGUAGAACCUACAGUCUCCCACAGAAUAAUGGAUAUUCUAAAUUGCUCUUUAGGCUCUGAAUCAUUGAGCAACUUCGGAAUGAUUAUACUCAAGAGGAUGCUGAUGACAAAUUUCAAUCAACAAAGGAUGUAAAGAGAAACAACUUCAUCAUACAAAACCUUAAUGAGGAAAAUCCUCAUAGUUCUGAAAUAUUGAAUGCAUCAGAUGAUAAGGACCCUCUCUUACAUUGGGUUGAAAAGCUUUCUAAGAGUAGGCCACCUUCUUUAGCC